AUGGUAGGAACCAGGAAGACUCAUGAUGCUUUAAAACAAGUAACACAUGCUAAAGAGUUUUCCGUACCAUCACUUGGGCCAGGAAGACUCAUGAUACUCCAAGUGCAAGCUUCCUCUGACGAUGAAUCUAAUAGAUAUUUUCCUGCUUGUCGUAUGACCAAAGGCUGGGAUUAG